AUGGCAGCUGACACAGGCAGAUACAGGAGCGCUGUCAACAAAAGCAAAGACCCUUCCGGUUUGCUUAUAUCUGUCAAGGAGAACCUGUUAUCCUGUAAGAUGCUCCUCCACUGUAAGCGAGAUGAACUGAGGAAGCUGUGGAUCGAAGGUGUCGAGCAUAAGCAUGUCCUCAGCUUGCUGGAUGAGAUUGAGAACAUCAAACAGGUCCCUCAGAAGUUGGAGGCAUCCAUGGCCAGCAAGCACUACCUGCACGCCACAGAUAUGCUGGUCUCAGCAGUGGAUUCUCUUGAAGGACCCCUGCUACAGGUGGAGGGUCUCAGCGACUUGCGACUGGAGCUCCACAGCAAGAAACUCAACAUCCACCUGGUGCUAAUCGAUGAGCUCCAUCGACAUCUCUACAUCAAGUCUACCAGCCGUGUGGGUCACCGAGGAAAAGACAAGGACAAGGGCCGGUCUGCUUCAAAGGAUACGUAUGUUUUGGAUGUCAGUUUGUCCACUCCACGCAAGCUCACAGAACCUUCACAGUUCAGCACCCCUGGAACAUCCAGCAUUCGUGAGCUGCAAGAGGUGAAAGAAGACUUGGACGUAGACCCAGAGGAGAACAGUGCAGAGUUCAUGGGGAUCCUGAUCAAAGCUCUGGCCAAACUCAAGAAGAUCCCGGAAACCAUUAAAGCCAUCAUGGAGCGACUGGAGCCUGAGCUCAAGCAGAUCCUCAAGAGAUCCACCACUCAGAUCGCUGACCACGCUUACCAGAGAGGAGAGAACCUGGCACAGGACAAGCAGCCCAGGUUGUUGCUGGAACUGCUUGAGCUGUUGUUUGAUAAGUUGAACGCCGUGGCCCAGGCUCACAGUGUGGUUCUCAGUCACCUACAGCAGAUUGUCGUCUCUCGCAAUGGAGCCCAAGAAGGGAUCAAACUCUAUGAACAGGCUGAUGUCUAUGCCAAGAUCCAGACCGUCCUACAGGUGUUGCUAAUGGACUACCUGGAUGUCAAAAACACCCGUAGCGCUGCAGAGCCUUCCGCCCAGCUGUCCUACGCCAGCACCGGCGGAGACUUCGGAGCAUUCUUCGCCAAGAAGAAACCUCUCCGACCUAAACAGUCUUUAUUCAAGUUUGAGUCGUCUUCUCAUGCCAUUAGCAUGAGCGCGUACUUGCGAGAGCAGAGGAGGGAACUCUACAGCAAAAGCGGGGAGCUACAAGGUGGAGCUGAUGAUAACCUGAUUGAGGGAGGAGAGACUAAGUUCCUGUGUAAACCAGGAGCCAGAAACAUUACGGUCAUCUUUCAGCCAUUGCUUAGGUUCAUUCAGGAGAUCGAGUCCCGUAUGGGUCCAGCUCAGGCCAAGCAGUGUCAGCUACGCACCUUCCUCACCUACUACAUCAACGACCUGUUCCUCAGCCAGGUCCGCACCGAGACCAAUAAAGAGAUUGAGGCUGUGACCAAAGUGUCCGACCCGCUCAAAAUCCUGGCCAGCGCUGACACCAUGAAAAACCUGGGCGUUCAAAGACCUCUUCUACAGAGCACUGUGGUUGUGGAGAAGUCCAUUCAGGAUCUAAUGAGUCUAAUGCAGGACCUCAGUGCGUACUCCAACCAGUUCCUGGAGAUGGUCUGUGACAAGCUCAAGGAGUACAAAGAGAUCUGCAAUUCUGCAUACAGGGGUAUGGUACAGUGCGAGGAGAAGCUGACCAUCAGUGCGUCCUGGGCUAAAGAUGAAGAUAUCAGCCGCCUGCUGCAGUCUCUGCCCAACUGGGCCAGCAUGACCCAACCCAGACAGCUCCGACAGAAGAGGGAAGAGGAAGAGGACUUCACACGGGCAGCAUUUGCCAAGGAGUCGGAGGUUUUGACGGGGAAUCUGGGUGAUAAGCUGAUUCCUCAGAAUGAGAUUCUGAGGGACGUCAGUGAUCUGAAGGCUCUCGCUAACCUGCAGGAGAGCAUGGAGUGGCUUGCCACUCGCCUCAGGGGCUUCUUCAGCAACCUGCCCCAGAGCUCCAGUGUAUCCCCAGGCUCAGAUGCUCAGGUGAACAGCGAGAACGUCCGCAAUCGAGAGCAGAUCCUUCAGACAUUGACUGACCUCUCCAGAUCCUUCCAGGACAUCGCUGACCGCUGCCUUCUGGUGCUUCAUCUGGAGGUCAGGGUCCACUGUUUCCAUUAUCUGAUCCCUCUGGCAAAACAAGGCAACUACGCCAUCGUGGCUAAUGCAGCCAGCAUGGACUACGACCCCCUGGUGGUGAAGCUGAAUAAGGACAUCAGUGCCAUAGAGGAAGUGAUGGGAGCCGCCCUGCAGCAGCACAAGUUUCAGUAUAUCUUUGAGGGUCUGGGUCACCUGAUCUCUUGUAUUCUGAUAAACGGAGCUCAGUACUUCAAGCGCAUCAGUGAGUCCGGCAUCAAGAAGAUGUGCAGAAACAUCUUUGUGCUCCAGCAGAACCUGACGAACAUCACCAUGUCACGCGAGGCUGAUCUGGAUUUUGCCAGGCAGUACUAUGAGAUGCUGUAUAAUACAGCCGACGAGCUGCUAAACCUGGUGGUUGAUCAAGGGGUGCGUUACACAGAGCUGGAGUACAUCAAUGCUCUGAGUCUCCUCCACCGCAGCCAGACUGGCGUGGGAGACCUGACCGUGCAGAACAUGCGGCUGCAGCGCCUCAAAGAGAUCAUAUGCGAACAGGCUGCCAUUAAACAGGCUACCAAGGAUAAGAAGAUCACUACAGUCUAGACACGCACAUUUAAACUAUAUCUACUAACGCUCUGAAAGGGUCCACGUUACUGCCAAUCGUUACUGUCACAAGCUUUGAGUCAAGUCACACUUUCAAGCAAACAUUAAAGUGGCUUCAUUUCAUUUCCUUGCUUUCCAAUAUUUGUAAAAUACAUUUCUGACCAGGGCUUUGCACACACAAAUGCACACACAGACAUGUUCUAAUAAAUGAAUCCCUUGUAUCUUUUCUGGUUAAACCAGGCCACACCUUUCAGAGCGAGAGGACGGAUUCUCUCAUUGUGGCUUUGGGGCAUUUUCGUCUCAUUUUCUUACUUUAUCAAACCUCUGCUCUCAAUUAUAAAAUCUUCCUGCACGCCGUCUCUCUCUGCCCGGCCCGCAGCCUGUGCCUGGAAUAACAGAUGCCAGAUUAGAACGCCAGGGAAAAAAAGAAACAGCUCGCCUGCUGCUU